AUGGAGACACAGCAACCACCUACACCAGCCCAGAUUGAUAACUGGCAUACCCUCGGUUUCAUAUAUGCAGUUGAAGAAGGGAUUAGGACAGACACUCCCGCAGAUAUAUCACUCGAAUCUCCCACCAUUCCCUUCGAUGAGGACUCACCUCCGGAUCAACCACCUAGUGAAUUGUUGCCAUCCAGUCAAGAGGCUGGACACGCGGCGAGUUCUCCGGCACCAGUCGUUGAAAUCAAUGCCGAUGAGGAGGAUGAUCCUACACGUUGUCCCAAUCACGCGAUUUCGGAACCUCUUUUGCGUAAACGGAAAAGAGAAGAUGUCGAUGGGGUAGACUUUCGGUCUAAACUGAAAAAUUUGGUGAAGGAAGUCCUGGAACCAUAUGAGGCCUUGGAAAAGGAGAAACGUCAAUGGGAGAAGGACAAGGAAAUGUUACAGGCUCAGAUUCAAUUUUUACAGCGAAAACUCGACGAGCGCAAGCCGCGCAAUAUUUUGAAGUGUGCUCUAUGCCAUCGCACCUUCAACGAGGAGUGGAAGUUCCUGGGAUGUGGCCAUACUCUGUGUCAGAAUUGUGUAGAUGACAUCAAGUCCAAGCAUUCCUUAUUCGAGUAUCCCUGCCCUUAUGCUACGUCGGUGCGGAAAUAUGGCCAUCCAUCUUACGGACAGAAUGGUCAUUUGGUCAUGGUCAUCGGCCUGAUGCAUGAGUGGCGUAAAACACACCAAAUUAUUCGAUCAUCACAGUUUAUUUUUCUCGUUGGCAACGAGAGAACUCGUUUGUCAAUUCAUGCCGGUAUUGUGCAGGCUAUCUCGGAUCCUCUCCGUGCCCUCAUCGAUAAUGGUCAUAUGACGGAGUCCAUUACUGGAUUUGCGACUCUGGACGACGUUGAAGAGGAAACAUUUAUAGGAUUCUGUGAAUACGCGUAUACCGGUAAAUAUGUUACUCCAGAGCUUAGAUUAGGCCAAGACCCCGAAAUCACGUCAGAUUCUGGCUUAGCCAAGAACGAUACAAAUGGCGUAUCAGUGGAAAAAAGUGAAGAACCGGUUAUUGAAGAUGCAGAGCUAGAUCGCACCCAUGACCUGGACUGGGGCUUGAGCAGCGCGAGAAAGUCAAAGAAAAAGAAGAAAUCAGCUUUUUAUUAUGAGAUCGAGGAAAACCAGCUUGAAGAAUCUCCUGGCCAGAUUACAAUCAUUUAUCCAUAUGAACAACUCUGGGAAAGGUUUCGACUCCUUAAAUUUGACAGCGGACCAGCAUCGUUCUCACCAAAUCCCGAUAUCCUCUUCCACGCUAAGCUAUACGUUUUUGCUACUAAGUACCUCAUUGAGCCGUUACGUCAGCAGUGCUUAAGAUCUAUUCACAGAGAUCUUAGUAGUUUCUCCCUGAAUCGGAACAAUCGAUCGUUAAUUCUUGACCUUCUCGACUUCACAUACGCGCACACGGGGCGAUUUGAAGUUGGUGGAAGAUCCACACUUCGCGAUAUAGUCAUACAUUAUGUCGCAUGCGAAAUACGAACGCUAGCUGACGAUGAAAAGCUCAUAGAGCUUCUUGACUCCAAUGCGGAGAUUGGUUCAGACCUUGUCAUGAAAUUAGUCACUUAA